GUGGCGGGGGCGCGGAGAAAGAGAGACGGGACAAGAUGGCUGGAGAGCCCGAGCGCGCCGGCUGGGGGCGCGGGUGGACGGCCUGGCUGCUCGCACCUCGGCGCGGGGCGGGGCGGGGCCACCGCCUCCUUCCCCCUGGCUGGCCCGGGAGGCCUGUGCUGCCCGCCCAGACCCCUGCCUACUGCCUCCGCCCCCUUUUUUUUUUUAAAUAUACAAGCUGAUUUUGAACUCCGAAAGGAUCAAUUCUUGGGAAGCCCAGAGGAUGUGACCCACGAGGUGCACGAGAUGGAGCCUACAGCCUAUCCUCUCAACGUGACCCUGAAAGAAGAGCAAGAGGAGGAAGAGAUUCGGAGCCGGGAACUGGAAGAUGGCCCCACGGAUAUGCAGAAAGUCCGAAUCUGUUCAGAGGGUGGAUGGGUGCCAGCCCUGUUUGAUGAGGUGGCCAUAUAUUUUUCUGACGAGGAGUGGGAAGUUUUGACAGAGCAACAAAAGGCCCUCUACCGGGAGGUCAUGAGGAUGAAUUAUGAAACUGUCCUGUCCCUCGAAUUCCCAUUCCCUAAACCAGACAUGAUCAGCCGGCUGGAACGGGAGGAGGAAUCUCAUAAUUCCGAUGAGUGGCAGCUCCAAAAAGGAACUUUUGCAGAAAAUGAAGACUCUGACCUUAAGCCCCCAGACUGGGCAAGCCCCAUGCAUACUGCCUCCCAGUUUCCCCCACCUCAACACCUGGACAGAUUCAGCCUGCGUCUGCCUCGGUGCAUCACAGAGCUGCCCGAGUGGAGUGAGGGGUACCCCUUCUACAUGGCCAUGGGCUUCCCUGGUUAUGACUUCUCGGCUGAUGACAUAGCUGGGAAGUUUCAGUUCAGCCGAGGCAUGCGCCGAAGUUACGACGCAGGGUUCAAGCUGAUGGUAGUGGAGUAUGCCGAGAGCACCAACAACUGUCAGGCUGCCAAGCAGUUUGGGGUGUUGGAAAAAAAUGUUCGAGACUGGCGCAAAGUGAAACCACAGCUCCAAAAUGCGCACGCCAUGCGGCGGGCAUUCCGAGGUCCCAAGAAUGGGAGGUUUGCUCUGGUGGACCAGCGUGUGGCUGAGUAUGUCCGAUACAUGCAGGCCAAAGGGGAUCCUAUCACCAGGGAAGCCAUGCAGCUGAAAGCUCUUGAGAUCGCCCAGGAGAUGAACAUUCCAGAGAAAGGGUUCAAGGCAAGCUUGGGUUGGUGUCGAAGGAUGAUGAGGAGGUAUGACCUAUCUCUGAGGCAUAAAGUGCCCGUGCCCCAGCACCUGCCUGAAGACCUGACUGAGAAGCUCAUCACAUACCAGCGCAGCGUGCUGGCCCUGCGCAGGGCCCACGACUAUGAGGUGGCACAGAUGGGAAACGCAGACGAGACGCCAAUCUGCUUAGAGGUGCCGUCUAGGGUGACUGUGGACAACCAGGGUGAAAAGCCUGUCUUGGUCAAGACGCCGGGCAGGGAGAAACUGAAGAUCACUGCGAUGCUGGGUGUCUUGGCUGAUGGGAGGAAGUUACCUCCGUACAUCAUUUUGAGGGGGACAUAUAUCCCCCCUGGGAAGUUCCCCAGUGGGAUGGAGAUCCGCUGCCACCGCUAUGGGUGGAUGACUGAGGACUUGAUGCAGGACUGGUUGGAAGUGGUGUGGAGACGGAGGACAGGAGCCGCGGGAACUGUGCCCAAGCAGCGAGGGAUGCUGAUCCUGAAUGGCUUCCGGGGCCAUGCCACCGACUCAGUGAAGAGCUCCAUGGAAAGCAUGAACACUGACAUGGUGAUCAUCCCCGGGGGCCUGACCUCACAGCUGCAGGUGCUGGAUGUGGUGGUCUACAAACCACUCAACGACAGCGUGCGGGCCCAGUACUCCAACUGGCUUCUGGCUGGGAACCUGGCACUGAGCCCCACAGGAAAUGCCAAGAAGCCGCCUCUGGGCCUCUUCCUAGAGUGGGUUAUGGUUGCAUGGAACAGCAUCUCAAGUGAGUCCAUUGUCGAGGGGUUCAAGAAGUGCCACAUCUCCAGCAACUUGGAGGAGGAAGAUGAUAUGCUAUGGGAAAUUGAGAGCGAGCUGCCUGGAGGGGCUGAGCCAGCGAAAGAAUGUGACACUGAAAGCAUGACAGAGGGCCACUGAAGGGCAAGUUCAGCAAAUGGAUCUGUGGUGGAAACAGGUGGGGAGAAUCCUCAAGAUUAUUUCUGAAAGUGCAGAUGCACAAGGAGCAGUAGGAAAAACACCUGGGUUCUGAACAGCCUGUGUGUGGACGGUGGCCUGCGCAUCCAUCCAGGGACACAUCCCACUGCCUCCACCCUGAAAGGUGUGAGCAAUGUUUUAAGAUCCUUCAUUUCAACAAAGACAAGAUGAGAAAAGAAACUUUCUGCCCAGUUUCUUGUUUUGGAGAUUCCUCAGUCUGUCCAUCAGAAGAAACCUGUAAAUAUGAAUGAACAAAGGUAUUUUUUGGAGAAGAGGCCAUUUGGUCAAUACCAACCAGAGACUCAUGGUGUGGGCUCAACUCUCAUGGUGUCCUUUCUGUGGAGAAAUCCUCAAAUACAUGUUUUAUUCUGCCUUUGAAAAUGCUUCCAGAAGUAGAACCUGUCCCCACAGGUCAAGACUACAGAGAAGGCUUGGUAGAAAUGUGUCACUUACGUACACUUGCUACUUACACAUCUCCUCUUUCAAGAAAAUCAGAUGCUAAUCACAGCAAAAUUAAGACAAACUGGCCUGGCACCAGCAGAUGACUUUUCCAUAGACAAACUAGAUUAGUGUGGAAGAUAUAGGUUAAAAUAAACCAUGUUGUUCUAUUAAUCAUCCCAAUCUGGUUGGCAGCUAGACUUUUCAGGGUCUUGUUUCAUGGCCCUUUUUUUUCAUUAUAUUUAAUGAUCAGGCAGCACACAGUCCACAAGCCCUUCUGUUUCUCAGGCUGCCUGCAGAAGUCACUAUGAAUUAUCUGCUGUCUACAGGGUACAGGGCCCACUGACUCAUCUACUUGUUUUGUUAAUUUCUUUAAUAUCUCUAUCACGGGGCAGUAAGAGGACUUGACCCUUUAGCCACAGCUGUUUCAAGACUUCAGAUCUUCUGCCCUGCAGGAGUAAGUGGGAGGUCAUCAAAAUUUUACACAGUAGUAAUCUGCAUUCUCACAUUGGCUGAGUGUUAUGAAAACAUUCCUUCGAUGCUAUCUGUGCUACAAAAAAAAAGUAUGCCAAAACCUCAGACCAAGCAGUUGCUAGAACAUCAUUCCCGUGUUGAGUCUGGAUGUUGAGUCUGGCUAACAGGCUACCACAACCACUUUUCUUUCCCAUAGACUCAGCUCACGUGUAUAUUAUAAACUGUUCUUGGUAUUUUGAACACCUAUUUCUACUCAGGUACUCAUUUUCCUGUUACUGAUUUACUUUUCUGAUCUUUUUAAACUAGCUCCCUACCUCACACACACUUGGGGGGCAGAUUUCUCUUCUUUGUAUCCAAAUAACUUUCAAUAUUUGAAUUGUUUCCCCAGUUGCCUCUUCCUGAAACUGUAUUCUUGGUCACCCAAAAUUAGCGUCUAAUCCCUAUUACUUUCCAUUCCAGAAGUUUUCAUUCCCUCCACUUCUACUUUUUCCUUCUACUGUCCUAGUUCUUGGCCCUUUCUUCUUCGUGUCUUAUUUCUCUGCUUUGGGAGCUUAAAAGAUGCUACAAGACUUAAUUUUGGGUUCCUGCAUGGGAGCCAGUUAUGUUGUGGAGAAGAGUAGGAAAUGGGUUCGACUCUUGGGCUGGGGAUUUAGCUCAGUGGUUCUGCCACCUGCUUCAUAAGCGCAAGGUCUGGAGUUCAACCCCCUACCAAAAAGAAAAGAAAAUGGGUUCAACUCUUGUUUUAUUCCACAACACCUCGUGUCUCAACUUGAGCUGAGAUGAUGCCUUACGUUGCAUAGCACUGGAACCUUCCUAGAGCGAUGGCUCUGCUGUCAGGGUCUUCUGGGCUCCCCUUCCAGACUUAAGAUGAUCUAUGCCUAACAGAGCCCCAGUACAACUGUUCUACAGAAUGGCUAUUACCCUAGAGUACUAUAGCACACUGAGACAUAGUUGUAUUCCCUAAUAGAUAGGAACUGACCCAACAAUAAACUUUGAUAAUAAAGAUAAUAGACUAUAGUGGCUUUAUUUACCUGCUAGCUUUGUCUAAAGUUACCUUUUAAGCUACUGUCUAUACUUUAUUCUCCAUCCAGUUUGGUACCAAUAUAUUUAUUAUGCUUUUGAAUCAAAUAAAAACUGCAUGGGAUACAAUGUUGGUGUCUUUAAAGACAAAGGGAAGAAAACAAUGAGUGGUUUUAAGUUGGCUUUUAGAGGUAAGUCAGUCUAGCAUAAAUAGUUCUUUUCCUCAAUCAGUCAUGGUUCACAUGUUGUCAGGGAUGGCUACCAAAAUUACAUGAAGGAAAUCUAUAAAGGUUAUUAAUAUAGUAUUGCCUGAAACAUGCUAAUGAGUUGAUGGAUAGAAAACUUAGUAUCCUAUUUCCCUAAGUUUCUUUAAAACUGAAAGCAUCAAGCCAAGCAUGAUAACACACUCCUGUAAUUCCAGCAUAAGGCACGAGGAUCACCAAGAGUUUGAGGCCAGCCUGGGCUACAUAGCAAGACCCUGACAAGAAAAAAACAAAACACCUGAGUGUCAUGAACCCAGAGGCUGCUUUACGGAACAUUAGUAAAUUUAGUCCUCAAUUUAUGUCCAUGACUCAAGUAGUAAUUUACUGUCCAAGAAUGAUGCCGACAUUUUUAUUACACCUUUUUAA